AUGAACUUGUUUCCCUUCACUGGCCUUCCCCGUUGUUUUAACGAAUGUCUUUGGAUAUCCGGCGAAAAGUAUGCGAGUGCUGAUAAGCUUACAAAGCUUACACUUCAAAAUCUUCAAUAUCACGACAUCGAGACUCUCUUGGUGACCUCUCAGCACAAUUCUGCGGAGCUGAACUCAAAAUUCUUCGUUUUCUUGCCACUUGGUUGCAAGGCGACGCACGCAGAGAGUAUCGAAAUCACAAUGAAGUUCUUCCGCAUAAAUCAUGCCCGGAAUGUCCUACCUAUUGUUCCUGCCGUUUCAGGAGUUGCCUUCUGGCGUACAGUCUCGAAAUAUUUCUCUAAGAUCUCACCGGUGUGGAACCUCGUUAACUACAAGCGCUUGUUAGAGAAGCUCUCAACUCGCCGUCAAUUCAUGGAAGUGGUAUUCAAUGAAGACCUUGAGGGGCAUUCUCGUGUUGCAGUAUUACCGAAAGCCAUCGCUAGUAUAACUCCCAUCCAUGACCAUCUAUUCGUUCUACAGCGGAACAAGGCCGAUAAGAAUCAAGCAUUCGCCAGCCUGAAGUUGCAGAGAUGCUGA